CUGCGCAGAGAGCUGAGCGCCAGAAUCGGCGGGAUGGACAAAAAAAACCAACCCAACUCUAUAACGCCAUGCAGACGUACAGAAGCCCCACAUUAUGAGCGGAAGAACUGCCAAACACAGGGUUGUCUUCGAGAACUUUCGGUUCUGCUGUCGGCUGUUAUGGACAAAGUGAAAUCACGCAGUACUGAUGAGGAUGAAGAGCUGGUGUCCACAGAUCCAGAGAGUAAAGAAAAAAGCAAUGAUAAAAAAAGACUGGGCAAAAUAAAGUGGUCACGAGAAGAGGAUGAAAAGCUGAAAAAACUCGUGGAGCAACACGGAACUGAGGCAUGGAAACUAGUAGCUACUUUUUUCCCUGGGCGGACAGAUGGUCAGUGUCAGCACCGCUGGCAGAAGGUGCUCAAUCCAGAGCUGGUGAAAGGACCCUGGACAAAAGAAGAAGAUCAAAAGGUUAUCGAUUUGGUGCGCAAAUAUGGGCCGAAGCGCUGGUCAGUGAUUGCAAAGCACCUCCAGGGAAGGAUUGGAAAACAGUGCCGUGAGCGAUGGCACAACCACCUGAACCCAGAAGUGAAGAAGUCCUCAUGGACACAGGAGGAGGACCGGAUCAUCUACGAAGCUCACAAACGCCUUGGCAACCGUUGGGCAGAGAUCUCCAAGCUUCUCCCUGGACGCACAGAUAACUCUAUCAAGAACCACUGGAAUUCUACCAUGAGAAGAAAGGUGGAGCAUGAGGGUUACCUCCAAGACAGCUACAAGACUUUCACUUCUACUGUGAAGAAGCGCCUAAACAGGCAAUGCCCUACAUCUACUACAAAACUCCAGCAGCACGAUUGCAGCCCUGUGGCUCCUGCAGGAUCCAACCUGGUUGCAGACUAUCAGUUUGAUCCUGAAAGUGAACAGACAGUUAACAGUCUUCCUGAAAAUCCAGCCUUCCCAUCUUCCUGCCUUGAUGAUCCUCACAGGGAACAGAGAAUAAAGGAGCUUGAGCUGCUGCUUAUGUCAGCAGAGAGUGAAGUUCAACGACAAGUGCAGUGCAGAGGUUUAUGUAAGCCAUACCCAGCCUGGUCAGGCAGUUUACCAGAAGACAAUUUAGCAUCUAGCAACAGCAGUCUGGAUGAGCGAUUGGAAGAAGGAUCCUGGAGGGGCCCUGAAAUCCCACCGGGUCCUCAAGCACAUCUUCCUAUCUCCCCCAGCAAGUUUCUGGCUGCUGAGGCCGGCGCCGUGCUCUCCAACCUCCAAACCUUCCCAGAGUUUGCAGAAACCAUGGAGCUAAUCGAUACAGACGCUGUCACAUGGAGCAGCAUGGCUGGUUUUGACAUGCCGCAGACGGGGACGCCCCCCAGGCAUAAUCAGCCGAGUUACAGCACUGUCUUGGAAGAACGGACUGUUUACAAUCCAUUGGAGUUUGCACUGGAUGCUUCCCCUGCCAGGAACUGUGCACCUCUUGAUUUAAGAGGGGUCUCCUCCCUGACACCCCCCAACUCAUCCAAACGCACCCAGCCAUCUACAGGGAAGAGGAGAAGAGAGAAGGGGGGGAUUUUGAGCGGCAGAAUGGGCUCCUUCUUGGAAAACAUCACAAACUCACCCAAGAAAACACCAACAAAGUCUCUGCCCUUCACCCCAUCAAGAUUCUGCAACAUAUCAGGAACGGAGCAUCUGAAUCUGGAAGAUCCCGCCCUGACCUCCACACCUGUGUGCGGCCAGAGGGGCCUUCUCAACACCCCCAUCCUAAAAGAGUCCUCACACAAGUACCAGAAAGAGAAUCAUGGCUCCAGGACCCCCAAACUUCAUAAAAAUGCCCCAGUUUCAACCCCAAGGACGCCAACGCCCUUCAAGAAGGCUUUGGCAGCCCAGGAGAAAAUGCACGGGCCGCUGAAGGUUGAGCCUCAGCCUUUGGCUUUUCUAGAAGAAGACAUCCGAGAGGUUCUAAAGCAGGAGACUGGAACUGACAUCUUCAUCAAAACCGAAUUCCAGCCCGAACACAGAGCAUGGAAGCAUCUCAUGGACGGCCCCGCAAGAAAAGUGCGCAAGUCUCUUGUACUCGACACUUGGGACAAAGACGGCUUCGAUGUCCAACUGUUCCAGGAGCAGCUCAACAAUGCACAGCUGGCAGAAGAAAGUUUGCUGAUGAGCUCUUCACUGAUCACCUCCAUCGCCGAGCAAGAGGAAAGCCGCUCUUUGACCUCUGAGAAAGAGUCCUCCUCCUUAGGGGUUCAUCUUCCUUCCCAACGUCCAACAAACCUGCAGCUGAAGAAGCCUUCCUCUUCUCUAAAGACAACAAAAAUGGCGCCGGUGAGCGAGUGGGAAGCCGUGAUUUAUGGGAAAACGGAGGACCAGCUGAUCAUGACCGAACAGGCUCGUCAGUACCUGACUCCCUUGUGUGGCUCGAGGGCCAUCGUACUCUAAAGUCAGACGCUCAAGCAGCUGCACAGACGUCUGACAAUGAAAACCUCCAGUCCUGUAAGAGACAAUCCAGCGAACGCAAAAACACAAAGACGCAAAAACUCUUUACUAAGGAAACCCUAUUAAAGGCAAAGCUGCUAUGACUGUUUCCCUGCCCCAAAGCUCUGCUCAGAGGUGCUCAGAUUCAGUUAUUAUUAUUUUUAACACUCAGCUUUUGUUAGCAGCUAAUGUCUGCUCCAGUCACUACAGUCAACCUGCUGCAGCAGCAGACGUGCAAAGACUCCUGAAUUCCUAUUACUGGUAGUCGUUGCUUCUGGAUGUUCUACUGUUAAAACGACACAAACCAUUUUUAUGUUAACUAAACUCCUUGAACAGAAGUGCUCUAAGGAGAUAAAAACCACAAAAAGGCAACAAACUUUAUAUCUUACUGAAAAUCAGGUACUUUUAAAGUCACUGCUAGAUUUUCAACAAGUCAAUUUAGAUUGUUACAGAAUGCAAAGGCUGCCGCAUUUUUUUAAUUUAAACGACAGCAAUCUUUUGUUGCUAUUUGUUUAUUUUGUCCAGGGUGAUGUGAAGGUUUCAUUGAAGGCACUCUGUGAUGCACUCCUCAGCUGGUUUAGCUGCAGUGCAUCUCUGGGUCACGUGCUCUCUGUUUUGUGUUUUCUAUUUCAGCGGCCAUCGAGUGGAGACCUCUAUUGAAUGUAUUUCUAUUGACAGAACCUCAGAAGGUUGAAGGGUACCUUAAUGCUUGCAUCUUAUUUAUUUUUCUGACCGCUCUAAAGCUUAGAUAAUAAUAUAAAUUGGACUCAGAGAUUCUUUUGGCCUAAAUUGAAAGAAUAACAAUAAAUGACCACCUUUACUUUGAUCAGAUGUUUCAAUAGCUGAUAAAUGUUUUUCUUAGGAGCAUCAAGGUUUUUUGGGUCGGAAGGAUUUUACUUUAGAAUGAAGGGUUUAGGUUUUAUUUAUUUAAUAUCUACUAAUUUAUUUAUUUCUUAAAACAUUUAAGAGAAAUUAUUGAAGAUUCUUUUAUUAUUUUUCCUCUCUCAGAACCUGGAUUGGAUUUUUUUACUCGGAGUCAAAAGAACAUGUACUGCCAGUAACGUCAUUUCUCUUGCUCAUCAGCAAAAUAAUCAUUUUUUCAUUUCCAUAUGUGAUCUUGUAACAUAUAGGUAGGACUUUUUUCUCUGUGCUUUUAGGUAGCAAAAUUCCAUCUCCAACCUCUAAUCAUAGACAAAUUGCACUUUUUUUAAAACUCAUUUUGUUUAUCACAAUGUAGCUCUUGUGUGUGUUUUAGGAGAAUGGUUUUCCUAACAUGAGUAUCGUGCUGCUUUAUUUGUAUGAUGUUUGUUUUAAUGUGGGGUUUUUUUUCCGGUUUGGCUGCAAAACGCGUGUAUUUUAAAUACACUACAUUAAAAAAAAGCUUUGCAAUAAGCUCUGUCGGGAUGGCUGUGGGUAAGAAGAGCAUUACCACAGCAGCCUGGGUCUCCAUGUUUCCUGCUGAACCUCCUCUCUGCAUUGGAGCCUCCAGAAGGAGGCCUUCACACGCCAAAGGGUGUGACAAAGAGGCUGGAUUGCACUGUCUUCCGUGUUUAUGACACUUUUCUUGAAACAAACUUUCCAUAAUCUGCACUAUAGCUGCAUUAGUGGACUCAGUUUAGUCUGGAUUAUCCUGGAUUAAGCCGUGGAGUGAGGGAAAGAAGGGAAUCUCAUGAAGGCAAGUUGAAAGAUCAGAAUUAUUUGGUACAGGACUCAGGGGUGGGCAAUUCCAGGCCUCGAGGGCCGGUGUGUCUGCAUGAUUUCCAGAUAGUCUUGCCCUACUCAUGGCUGAUUACCUGGUUCAGGUGUGUCCAGCCAAUUAGAACAUGCCAGAGCAGGGUAUGCUGGAAAACAUGCAGGAAUGCGGCCCUCAGUGCCCACGUCUGGGUCAGAUGGAAGUUGAUUGAAUUUGGGGAUUGGGGGUGUUUAACUUGUAUAUAUUUGUGUUCAUUGGUGUAUACAUUCAUCUAUAAAGUCCAGGAUUAUUUAACAAAACCAUAGGAUUUGAGGGAAUCAAGUACCUUAUACAGGAUAGAUGCAAACACUACUGCGGUCAUGUAUUGCAACGCUGCAUAAUAAACUGCAGAUGUAACACUUGUUAUUUAAUAUAAAGUCAUAACCGAGGUACCAUAGCAAUCCGGCCGGCUGUCUUUGUAACCAUCUACUUAAUUUUGAGAAUAAAAACAUCUAUUGCAUGA